CAAAGUCGAGAAAUGCGAACACCGACAUUUAUUUUUAUCGCCAAUUUGGCAGUUUCUGAUGUAGUGCUGUGCGUGUUGGGAGCUCCAUUCACGCCGUUGUCUGGUCUUCUUAAUUCCUGGGUGUUUGGCGAUGUGUUGUGUCAUCUGGUGCCAACUGUGCUUUGUCUUUGUGUGCAUGUGUCUACGCAGACAUCUACAGCCAUCGCGUUGGAAAGAUUCAUGGUUAUCGUUUAUCCGUUCAAACGCCGCAUGACAUUGGCAGUCUGCAUCAUCACCAUUUUCACCAUCUGGAUUUUUUCCGCCGUACUCUCCAGUCCAUUUGCAUUCAACCAAAUUAACUACUGGGACGAAAUGAAGUUCAUACACGACUGCCGGGAAGAUUGGUCGGACGUCAGACUGAAAAGAACUUUCACUCUCCUCACUUUCUGUCUCCAGUACAUUCUCCCUUGCUCCAUCAUCGCGUUUUGUUACAGCAAAGUAACAAUUUCAUUAAAUGAAAGAGCAAAAGUGGCAGCCAGAAGAUGCAGUUUUGCACAGGCAAACAACCAACGGAACAAAAUUCAAAGAAAACGUCGAACGAACAAGAUGCUGAUUAUGAUGGUCAUCUUUUUCGUUUUGUGUUGGAUGCCCCUCAACAUUCUUCUAAUCGUUUGGGAAUUUUACGCAGCCGUUGAGGAAAAAUCUUUUUUCAUUCCACUGUUUUUUGCCACGCAUCUCCUGGCCGUCAGUUCGACUGUUUACAAUCCAUUUCUGUACGCGUGGAUGAACGAAAAGUUCAGAAAAGAAUUUCAAAAAAUUAUUCCAUGUUAUCAGAAAUUUGUAAUUGCAUUUAAAAACUAUAAAUUGAAAAAUAAUAAAGAAGUGAGCAGCACUAAUGUUAACAACAUGGAACCAUUUAGUUUCAACAACUCAAUAAUGAACUCAAACUACAACAAAGAAAUCACGGAACAGAGGUGGAAGAUGACCACGAAGAAAUCAGCUGUCCCUCACAUCGAAGUUGGACAAGAAGAUGGUAACAUGCAAAAUGAAAAUACCCUCUACAUACCACUGCUCCCUCUGCAGCCCUACCAACCAACAACCCUCUCCAAAAAUUUCCUGGAACCACCUGCUCAGCCACUGCAGUGA